GCCGUGCACCUGCACCUCUUCUUAUCUUAAAGGAGUCAACUCACAGAGUUCACUAGCAGAAGGGGAAUUAAAAAAAAGAGAAAUUAUAUAUGCAUACAUGAUACAUGUAUAUGUAUAUAUAGAUAUAUAUCAUAUAUGUAUGUGUAUGUAUAGAGAUUAGAAAUAGCUCCUCUGUCUUGAAAUUGAGUAAUUAGAUAUAUCAAAGGUACAGUAGAAGAGUGGUGGGUAUGGCGGCGGCGGCGGAGAGUUCAUCGGCAUCGGCGAGUAGAUCUAGUAGCAGCGCGACGGCGGAUUCGUACAUCGGAAGUUUGAUAAGUUUGACUUCGAAGAGCGAGAUCAGAUACGAAGGCAUGUUGUAUAACAUUAAUACCGACGAGUCCAGCAUCGGCCUUCGCAACGUGAGAUCAUUUGGAACAGAAGGACGGAAAAAAGAUGGUGCUCAAGUCCCUCCUGGCGAUAAGAUUUAUGAAUACAUUCUCUUUCGAGGAAGUGAUAUUAAGGAUUUGCAAGUUAAAUCAUCCCCACCUGUACAAACUACCCCACCCAUAAAUAGUGAUCCUGCAAUUAUUCAGUCUCAUUAUCCUCUUUCAGCUACCACAUCAACAGCCUUGCCUACAGCUGUUACUGCUUCUUUACCAGAUCUUGGAUCACAUUCUGCUCAGUUGGGACACCCUGGCUCAACUUUCCAAGGUGGUCUGCCUUUGUAUCAACCCGGUGGGAAUUUGAGCUCUUGGGGGCCUUCACCUCCAAAUGCAAAUGGUAGUGGCCUUGCCAUGCCGAUGUAUUGGCAAGGAUAUUAUGGGGCGCCUAAUGGACUACCGCAAAUGCAUCAGCAAUCCUUACUUCGACCACCUCCUGGUCUUUCAAUGCCUCCAUCCAUGCAGCAGAUGCAGUAUUCUGGUUUUAAUACAUCUCUGCCGACCGCAGCUCCAAGCUUGCCUGGUUCAAAUUUGCCAGAAUAUCCUUCUGUGGCUCCCACCAGUAGUAGUUCCCUAAGUUCCUCUUCAUCUCUACCUGCUUCAACUUUGCCUUUGAGUGUCCCUCCUAUGCAGCCUCCAACACUAGGGUCUGAGCAAUCGAGCUUGGUCUUGAAUAAGGCUUCUGUUUCUCGUAUUCCCACAACAGCAGGUGCUAGCUUGCCCUCAUUGUCUCAUUUGACAACUUCAAGUCCAGAUUUAAGUUCUGUCGUGCCUUCGGGCCCCAGCAAAUCUAGUGCAGUUUCUGGUACAGUUUUGCAACACCAGAGUAUAUCCCAACCUGUUACUACAGUAGCUGGUACAUCUACCUCAAUUUUAGUGGAAACGCCUACACCUUCACUAAUAACUCCAGGGCAGCUGCUACUGACUGGACCAGCUUCAGUUUCCCUAAAUCAAUCAUCACAAACAAUGCAAAAGGAUGUGGAAGUGGUUCAAGUAUCAAUGACGACACCAUCAGAACCUCCAGCUCCUGUUUCAACAGAAGCUCAGCCACCUAUUUUGCCAUUGCCACCACCUGCUCGUUCCCAUAAGCCAAAUGGAGCACCUUUUCAGAUGCGUCACAAUUAUAGAGGCCGUGGAGGAAGGGGAACUGGGAUUGCGCGCCCAGUGACAAAAUUUGCAGAAGAUUUUGAUUUUGAGGCCAUGAAUGAAAAGUUCAACAAGGAUGAAGUAUGGGGUCAUCUUGGCAAAAGUAAUAAAGCACAACUGAAGGAGAAAGAUGGGGACGGGAAUGGUAGUGAUGAAGAUGAUUAUCAAGAUGAAUUUGACGAGGAGUUGCCAAAAAUUGAUGUGAAGCCUGUCUACAAGAAGGAUGACUUUUUUGACUCCCUCUCUUCCAACGCUGUUGACAAUGAUUCAAACCAUGGAAGGCCUAGGUUCUCAGAGCAGAUGAAGAUAGAUGCAGAGACAUUUGGAGAUUUUUCAAGGUACCGGGGUGGACGAGGAGGUCGUGGCCCAUUUCGUGGUGGUAGGUCUCGAGGUUCUUACUAUGGACGGGGGUAUAAUUAUGGCUAUGUUCCCAGGGGCCGUGGUCGAGGUGCAUCAAAUCGCCCAUUCUAGGGUGCGUUUUGUACUUUUCCAGAGUCGCAAUAGAAGCUGAAGCCAUAUAGUGCACUGGAAGUGAUGUAGUUCUAUGAUUAACAUGUUGUGCUUGUUAUCUGGGUCUUUAUAAAUAAAUGUAGGACACAAUGUCCCAUUGGUUUUACCCCAUUCACCAACUCAUUGACUUCUCAUCCACAUUUUCUGAAUGUAAGUUUUUUAGCAAUCGAGUGGAUUAGUCACUGAGUACAGGCUUGAAUGGUUUAUUAGCAGUGAAACCGUAUGUUCAACUGGGUCAGAAUUUCGAUAGGCUGAGAUUGUUUAUGAAGAUAAAUAUUUAAGCUUAUGGGAAGAUAUGUUUGUAUUAGUUGUUUACAAGCUUUUUGAAAACGCUUUCUUGGAUUUGAAUU